UGGAUUCGGUGGUUGAUGAUUGGUCGGAUGUAAGAGGCUGUCUAUGACUGUCGGAUCAUCGUUGUUCCGGUGCGGAUAUCAAUUUGUUAAGGACAGCUUGUCGUCCACCAAAUACUCGCCUCGCGGUCGGUCAUGGCGCGCCAUCAUUGCACGUGGCGUCUUCAUUAUUUUCCAUGAAGAUGUUGUUCCAGCUACCAGUUCUGCCGUCCUUGUUUGCGCGUCUGCUUGUGUUUCCAUGAAGUGGUGCUGGUACGGCUUCAAAACAACAUUUUCCCUGAUUCAAUAAGGAGAGGCCAAGAUGUCUGCCACUCUCAACCACACUGAGCGCUGGUCGCUGCUGCUGGUGACAGGAUUUUCGCUCGCAGUCAUCGCCAAUACGUUUAAAGGAGAUGGAGCGCCUCUUGUCGCGUCUCUGGCGUUUUCAACACUCGCCUUUGCCAUGACCUACGCCUUCGUACGAUGGUCCGGACCUGCUUUCGUCAAAGCUGGCCUCAAAGGCAAAGAUAUGAGUAAAGUGGCACCCAAAGAGAUUCCGGAAGGCAUGGGAGCUGUUGCAGCGUCCGUUUACAUCCUGGCCCUAAUGGCUUUCAUCCCAUUCGCCUUCUACAAGGACAUCGUCGCUGCCACAUCAGGUGGCGGUAACCGAGAUGUAGUCCUUACGGUGCAUGAGAUCGAAACAGGACGCUUCCUGCAUCGCUUUCCUCACUCCAAGCUCUCUUCCUACCAAUCCGCCCUCAACACCCUGCAAGCAACCACCAUUCUGGGCAUGGCCGACGACAUUCUCGAUCUCCGAUGGCGACACAAGUUCUUUAUUCCGGCUGUCGCCUCAUUACCACUUCUGAUCGUCUACUAUGUCGAUUUUGGCGUUACUUCUGUUGUGGUCCCCAACUUCCUAGUACCGUACAUGCCAGGUCAAACCCAACUAAUCAACCUUGGGUUCCUGUACUACAUUUAUAUGUCAGCCCUUUCGAUCUUUGCACCAAACUCGAUCAAUAUCCUAGCGGGAGUCAACGGUCUCGAAGUGGGACAAUCACUGGUUAUUGCGGGAUUAUUGCUCCUCAAUUCCUCACUUUACCUGGUCCCGUUUCCUGGAAACCCUGUCUUGACCAACGGUUACGUGGAUCAUCCACAUCCAGCAACCGACUCUCAUCUUUUGACACUAUAUGUCCUUUUGCCGUUCCUGGCUGUAUCACUUGCGCUGUUCAUGCACAACAAGUACCCGGCGAGAGUAUUUGUCGGUGAUACAUAUUGUUAUGUGGCAGGAAUGACCUUUGCAGUUGUAUCUGUCACGGCGCAUUUCAGCAAGACUCUGUUGCUUCUGCUCAUUCCCCAGAUUGUUAACUUCAUCUACAGCACGCCACAGCUGUUCCACCUCGUCCCUUGUCCUCGGCAUCGCCUUCCAAAGUUCAACGCGAGAACUGGUCUACUGGAACCUAGUGUCACGCCGUGGCCGCCGGAGAAACCAGCCAGCAAGAUUCAAACCACCGUCUUCUUCACUUUGGAAAAGCUGCAUCUGCUUCAGGUGACGGUGGACCCCAAGACCAACCGCAUCUCGGCCACGUCCAAUCUGACCAUUAUCAAUCUGUGGUUAGUCUGGAGAGGUCCAAUGCGGGAGGAUCAGUUGACAAGGGAGCUGUUGAUCAUGCAGACGUUCUGCGGCCUGUUCGGCCUCUUUGUAAGACAUACAAUGGCUCUCUUCAUUUUCAGCAUGGACAAUAGAGGCAAGGGUGGAAAUCAAUUCCCAGUAUAGUACAUAGAAAUUUUAUGUGUAGUGCUCGAUUAUAUUCUGAUGAGCAUUGACUCAGAAUGCCAUAAUGUCUUUCCCAUCGAGGAGAGACCUAGGUACAUUCUCAAGCAGAAAAUAAUGUCGGUG